AUGGACCAGCAUUAUCAAGAGGGGAGCUACGAACAAAAUGUGAAAGCCAGUACUUCGAACCAGCGGCAGUCGCCAGAGCAAGGCUCGGGACAAGAACAACUUCAACAAGUGUCGAAUCCACAGUUGUAUCCAGACCAGUAUUUGCAACAACGUCCUCAUUCUGGUUAUUAUACCGAUGCCAGGUACUCGUCGACCCAGCCGCCUCAGCACCUACUGCUCGGUCAGCAGCAAGGUUCAUACAACUACCAGCCAUUGCAACCAGUUCGCCAACUGAUGGGGCUUCCCCCAGCUCCUCAGUUUCCAUUGCAUAAUUCAAACUAUAUUGCGAGUCUGUACACUCAAAUACCCACGCAAAGCCCUUAUCCGACCCCGUCACAAGCACCACAAGCACCACAGGCAGCGUCAGCGCCACAAGUGCCACAGGUGACAGCGCAACAACAGCUGCGCUCAUCCCAGCCUAACCAAUCGCCCGAAACAAACGCUAGGGAGAGACGUUCAUACGAUGACAGAUACGAAGAUACGAACAAUACAUUGUAUUAUGGCAAUGACAGAAACAUAAUUGCACCCAUUCCACCUUUGCAUAUUCAACAACAAUUAUUUACGAAAAACGAAGGACAUCCACUCGGAGUUGAAAACCCUGAAGCUCCAGGCGGAGAAGGAGGAGGAGGAGGAGGAACCUCCAUGCCAGCUUCGCAAGGAAACAUUGCCAAUGGAAAUGGAGCACGCGAUGAAGAAAAGACUUUAGCCGAGGUGAAACUUGAAGCUGAAGAGCACGAAAUGAUUAGGUCGACUUGCACUAGAUGCAAAAAGGAAUUCAUGCAACGGAUAAUUAUCCCCAAGACGAAUGAAACUUCUGGAGGAGGACUGAAGGCAUUGGCCGAACCCAAGAUUUUCAAAUUAUGUGACCACUGCCGAGAUUUGCAGCGGCAAAGGUCACGGAGAUGGCAAAAGAAGACCAAAGACAAGCAAGGUGUUUGUAGAAGGUGUGGUACUGAGAUUCCGCACGAUGAGAGGAAAUUCGUCUUGUGUCCAUCUUGUCGGCAAAACUUGAGGACGAGAAAAGCGAGUCGAGCGGCGCAAGGCAAAUGCGUUCACUGUUCUGGGCCGUUGGACGCUUCAAUCUUGAUAAAGAAUGAAGACGGCAAUGUUGUUGUCAGUACUGACUUGUCGCCGACUUUGCGUGCUCACGACGACGAGCCAGCCACUAGAGAUGGCCAUGGUGGCAGUUACAAAGUCUGUCAAAGGUGCCGUGAAAAUGACAAGAUUAGAAGAACCAAUUUGGAGAAAUUGGGCAAUUGCAAUCGAUGUGCUAAGCCGUUGGAUUCAAGUGACUAUGGCAGACACAAGGUUUGCUCGUAUUGCAGAAGCCGCAAAAAGAGAGUCUCUAGAACCUCAGUUGGUGGUGGUGGUGGUGGUAACGGGGAAGAACACUAUGCCAUGCCACAUCCUCAAUAUGGUGUUGGUCACGAUCAACAGCAGCAGCACCAACAAGGUAUGAUGCAUCACCACGCUGUAGCGCACUUGCAAAGCAUCCCCGGUUCUUCUGCAGUUGAAGCACCUUAUAGCAACGGAAUAAGUAUGCAACACCCAACUGGCUAUCCUCAGCCGUAUUUGCCAUACCCCGGCUAUACACCACAACCUCAACAGCAACAGCCACACCAGCAACAGCAACAGCCUCUACCUCAGUCUUACCCUAUAGUGCCAAUUGGUCAAUACCCUACACAUCAGCAACAGUACUACACUCAGCAAGCGCACCAAACAUUGCCUCCUUCAGCACACCACCAACCACAGGAACAAAGCGAGGAGUAUAAUUCAGGUAAUUAUCAAUCGCACCGGUAA